GUACAAUUAUUGUUACAUUUCAUGCCUUUCUUGUUAUAGUAUUUUUAGGAAUACUGCUGGCGAUAUAGGCGUCUGUUUUUAUGAAUUUAGUUUCGCAAUGGCUAUUUAAAAGUAUGCUUAUUGAAAGACAGUGUUAAGCCAUUCACGGCUCAUUUUCUCACUGUGUCUAGUGUUAGACGACUUAUUAAUUCUAAAAACAUGACAAAUCUUGAUGUGAGCAACAGUAGCACAGACAGUAGUUCUGGGUCCUCCUCAGACUCAAGCAGCAGCGGGAGCUCUUCCACCAGCUCUGGGUCUGGGUCAAGCAGCUCCGACUCUGAAUCUUCUACCUCUGACACACCUGCAGUAGCACAACCUGCCCCUAAAUCACCUGCUAAGCCUGAUGAAGAACCACCGAAAAAGAAAGAUGACUCAAAACCUAGACAAACAACAAAUAAAAAAGUAUCAUCGUCUAGUGAUGAUGAUGUGCCCAAGCCAGAGCCACCGAAACCUGCACCACCCCGCAGACGUUCUUCUACCAAACCUAAAUCAGCAGCUAGUGUCCUGGCUAAGGGGAAACCGCCUCGAGCGGCAGCAGGAGCUAAAACACCUAAACCAAUACCUAAGACCAUGACUAAACAGCAAACAAAAAAUGACCAAAAAAAGAAGAGUAUAUUCUCUCCUGACAACAGCUCGGAAUCUGAAUCAGAGAGCAAAUCAUCAAAGAGUCCUAAAGGUUCACCAAAAAAUAAAAGAGGUACUAGGAAAUCUAGUGAGGACAAGGACACAUCUCCUCCAUCACCAUUGACUGCUGCAGAAAAUGAUGAUUCAAAUUCCAAAGACAAUAUAAAACGUAGAAGUGGAAGUAGACCCAGUGGGCCCCCCUCGAAAAAAGUUGUGGAUAAUAAAAGCGCCUCCUCAUGUUCCUCAAGUCAAUCUUCAGCAGAAACUGUUUCUUCUGAAAGUGACAGUGAACCAACUCCGAAAAAGGAGCCAAUUAAAACUGGAAAGACAAAACCGCCUUCUUCAGCUAAUAAAGUAGAGAAAGGUAAAAGCGACUCGGGUGAGUCUCAGGCGACCAACAUGCCUCGGAAGCUGACACGCUCCCUGUCAGCUCGCGUGUCGCGCAUGGCCACGGCCACGAGGCCCAGAACCACGGACACCGACUCUGAUGUUGAUGAAAAAGCAAACGAUAAAAGUAAGGAGAUAAAGAAGAAAGGCCGUCCUCCCAUUUCUCGGUCUCCCAUCGCCGAGCUCGCGCCGCCGCAGCCGAGCGAGCGGCGCUGCCCCGUGCGCGGCUGCGACUCUACCGGACACCUCGGCGGCAAAGCGAGCAGGCACUUCACUUGGGACGCGUGCCCGCUGUACCACAACGUGACUGGCGCGUGGUGCGUGGCCGCGGCCGAGGAGCGCGCCGCCGCCGCCGCCGCGCGCCGCCGCGCGCUCGCCAACAUGCAGCAGCGCCCGCGCGCCAUGCCCACUAUAGAGCAGCGGGCGUACCAGCUCAAGGUCAAGGAUAUGCGCUCCAAAUGGAAGGGCAGCCAAGAGCUACGCGAGAAGCUUGCGGCUUCCGGCGGGGAUGACAUGAACGAAGAACGAGAGCCAAUAUUGGAGGGGUUUGCGCCGGAUUACGACUUGCGGCUGUUCCGGGAGGCUCAAGCGCUUGCUGCUAUUAAAAUAGAGGAGGAGCUAGGAGACAUCCCCACUGAUAAGGGAACUAGGUUCGUUGUGAUGGGCAAGUACAUGAUGGAGGUGUGGUACCAGUCGCCGUACCCGAACGACGCGGCGCGCGUGCCCCGCCUGUUCGUGUGCGAGUUCUGCCUCAACCACCACAAGAGCGCCACCGGCGCCGAGCGGCACCGCGCCAAGUGCGUGUGGCGCCACCCGCCUGGAGACGAGGUGUACAGAAAGGACAAACUGAGCGUGUGGCAGGUGGACGGUCGGAAGCACAAGCAGUACUGCCAGCAGCUGUGUCUGCUGGCCAAGUUCUUCCUCGACCACAAGACGCUAUACUACGACGUGGAACCGUUCCUGUUCUACGUCAUGACGUGCGCCGACGAGGAGGGCUGCCAUGUCGUCGGGUACUUCAGUAAGGAAAAGAAUUCGUUCCUGAACUAUAACGUGUCGUGCAUCCUGACGCUUCCUCCGUACCAAAGGCAAGGCUACGGGAGACUACUCAUCGACUUCAGUUACCUUCUAACCAAAGUUGAAGGCAAAGUCGGUUCUCCAGAGACUCCGCUCUCAGAUUUGGGUCUCAUCUCGUACCGCUCCUAUUGGAAGGAAGCGCUCUUGAAAAGACUAUGCUCCGCGCCCGGACCUACUCUGUGUAUCAGGGAUUUGAGCAAGGACCUCGCCAUUGCAUCCUCGGAUAUAGUGUCGACAUUGCAGGAGCGAGGUCUCAUGAAGUAUUGGAAGGGGAAGCACAUUGUACUAAAGAAACAGGACGUCCUGGAGGAGUUGUCCCGGCGGGCAGACCGCGCGCGCUGCGUGGAGCCGAGCUGCCUGCGCUGGACGCCGCCGGGCGCGCCGCCGCCGCGCUGACGCCGCGCCCCGCGCGCGCGACUCGCGCCCAGAGCCCGCGCGCGCCACAUGCCGCGCAGCCGCAGCAGCCAGGCCCGCAGCCUGCUGUAAGUCUGCCCCUGCGCCUUAUAUUCACUGUGAGAUCUUUGCGUUUUUCUAUGUUCACUGUGGAUUUAGGGCUGAUAUAGACGGCGCGCGAACUCGCAUGCGAUUUUGGUUACAUUGCGGACUAUUGGUUACGUCCAAUUCAAUUGACCGAUCAAAACCCGCAAUGUAAUGAAACUCACAUCGCAUGCGAGUUCUCGCAUCAUCUAAAUGAACCGUUAGCAAUGCCUUGGACGCAGCUUGUUCUGCCUUAUUAGAUCUCUGAUUGUACCUUUGUUGCAUAUAAUAUUGAUUGAAUGUUGUUUAGAUCUCACAAUUAUUCUUGUUAGACUUCGAAUGCGCGUGCCGCGUAGCCGCAAGAGCUAAGUACGUGGCCAUUCAUAAAAUUGCCUCUUAUUGUUCAAACAGUAUAUUAAACCGGGAAAUGUAUAUUAAGUAUUAUUUUUUAUUUAAAGGCAUCCGAUUCGCAUAAGUAGGUAUAUUUAAAUUUUAUCGAAUGCAUCGUAACUAUCGUAAGUGACCUAGAUGUUAUUUUUGCUGAGUAUUCAGGCGUCACGUCAUCUAAAGUUUUUUGAGUUGUAUUGGUAUGGUGUGGAUCAUCCACAGCGAAUAUAAUAAAAUCUAUAUAUUAAAGGACUUAUGAGAAAUGGAUCGACAUUAAAAACGUUCAUUUUAUCUAAGUAUAAUGAUUUGUCUUAUAAAUAAAUAGUAAUAAUACUAAUAAUCGAUUGUAUUAUACAGUAUAUUAUUUAUUUAAUCUAUUGAACAUUUGAUUUUUCCACAAACAGGAAACUGAAUCAAAUAAAUGACGACCAAAAUGAUAAAAUAAACUAACAACUAUGAGAUAUUAUGUAUGGUACAAGGAGGGAGUCCGGACAUCCGUCACAUCUGUACUAUUGACAAUUUGUUACUACGAGUAUUAUGCCCGCGGCUCCGCGCGUUUGAGAUUCAGUUACAUUUAUUUUCCCUCCCUAUAGAGUGGUUUAUAAAAAAUAACGCAGAGUAGUGUAGCCAUGAAAGGGUAAGUAACAGACUUACUAUAAUAUAAUUAUUUAUUUACUAUGAUUAAGGCAGACUUAAUUUCCCAUUUAAGUAUCUAUAACUUUGGUAUUAAUGUACUGAAAUAAAAUGUAUCAGAAUGAACUUUAUGUGUAGAUACUUAUGUGCCGCAAAUUAUAAAAUUAGUUUAAAACAAAAUGUGUUCAAAUGUGAGCAUUUCUAAAUACAUAUAUAUGUUAAUUCACGAAAGCUGACGCAGAUCUUAUAAGACAAUUUUGACAGUUAAGUACAAAUCUCUCGUCAGCUCUUCUGAAUACUCUACUCUACUUAUACCAUUGACGUGUAAUAUCUAAGGACGGGUGUUACGGGUAUUAAAAACCGGGCAAGUGCGAGUCGGACUCGCGCACGAAGGGUUCUGUACCAUAAAGCAAAAAAAAACGGAAAAAAAUGCAAAAAGAAAACGGUCGCCCAUCCAAGUACUGACCACGCCCGACGUUGCUUAACUUUGGUCACAAAUCACGUUUGCUGUGUGCCUACAUCAUCUGUGAAAAUUUCAACUGUCUAGCUAUCACGGUUCGUGAGAUACAGCCUGGUGACAGACAGACGGAUAGACGGACGGACAGCGAAGUCUUAGUAAUAGGGUCCCGUUUUACCCUUUGGGCACGGAACCCUAAAAAUGGUACUAGUUCAGCGGUGUUACUCACGAAUUCCAGCCAAUCGUGCAGACUAAAGCAACUAGUUGCGACCUACAGCGCGCGUAAUGCGAAAUAAUCAACCAAUCGCGUGCGUGAUGCGAACUCAUCAACCAAUAGCGUUGUAGCAGUGUCACACCGCUGUACUGGCCCCUGUCAUGCCUAAUUAUUAUUGCCCGUAUAGCCAGUCCCUAGAUAUCUAUGUCAAUGACUUAUACCUAAUAGUAACAUUUCAGAAUAAAGAACUGAAAUGUUGGAACCUUAUGAUUAGAUAAGUAAGAAAUUCUCUUCUUCUAUGUUUAUGUUGUGUCUUAUCGCAAUAAGUGUGGUUGUGUAGCGUACUUCUUAUAUCUUUGAAAUUAUGUAUAUAAUAAGUUAUCUAUAACCCACUAGUGUCACUUUCUUUAAAAAUACCUACGGUGUAUGUGUUGUUCGAUAUGUACGUAUUGCGUAGAGAUAACUCUUGUAGGUAUAACAUUAGACUUUUAGCGCAUAGUGGUCGUUCUCAGUAGUUAGACGACAAAAGUAUGUAGUGGCUCACAGGAACAUAUAUUCCAAUAAAAUAUAAAUGCGCUUUAAAUACGGACGGACAGCUGAAAAGAUAGACAGAAGGACAUAACAUCUUGGCUAAGGAAGCUUAAAGACCGUUUGUAGAUUACUUUAUUUUCACCUACCAUGUUUUAAUACUAGCAUCGACAUAACUGCUACUCCGGCCAUUGGGUCCUGUUAGUUGUUAACGUUAAUUUUCUUUAUUAAAUAAGAUCUGUCUUGUUGUAUUGUUCAACUAGCUCAAGGCUGCCUUGAUAUUUUGCAAAUUUCAAACUCGACCUUCGACCUCAAAGUUCCAUCGUCGGACCUGUUCAAUGUGUAAUACCAGGGGUGCGAAACUCCUGAGAUCGGCCAAACUCGGCUCCGCUCGGCUCAGCAUUGCUCCGAGCAAUUAUUUUGGGUUUGGCACCAUUUGACUUCCUUUUGCGUGCACGACCACAGAUAAGUCAAUCACUUGAAUUUUGACAACCCUAAAUAGCCGAAAGGGAUAGUGCGAUAUACUAGAAAGGGACAGCAUGAUUCGACCCGGAACCGCUGUCAAACUUCGUUUUUAUAGGAAGUUUCCUUUCUGUACGGUAGUAGUGGUAGUAAUAUUACUUAUUCUGUGGUAAAACUGCAUAAUCUUAUUGGGCUUAUAUAACUAGACCGAACUUAAUGAAACAGAUAUAUGAAGUUUAAUAAAAAUAAAUGAAAUUAUUUGUAGGUCAUGUGUGGAUGACCAAUCCAAUAAUCUUCCAUUAUACAUAUGUUUAUUGAUGUCUUCGCCUUCCCCUCAGGCGCUCUACUUUUUACAUUAUAAGUUUAUACUUGUAUGUUUAUACAUUGGAAAACAAUCUCACGAAUAAUAUGACUAUGUUUUAGUUCUAAUAGUAAAUAAGCUGCAUAAGCGAAUUGCACAUCUUAUCAGCGUUGUAAAUACUUAGUGAAAUGUGUACGUUAGAUAGUUCAAUUUAGACUAAGUACAAACUGUACAAAGUUGCGUUUUAUUUAUGGAAAAUAUUAUUUUUUGUACUGUACCUACUUAUUUUAAAUAUAUAUUCAUUGUUAAUCUUAAUCUGGUGUAAAUAUUACAAUUACUUAUUUAAUAUGUUUAAUACAGUUUUAAUUUUUAA